AUGUGCUUAGGUUUGUUCAUAUUGUUUUGUUAUUUCAUUUUUACUAAUGCAACACACUUCAAUGGAGGAACUAUUGGAUGGGCUCCCGUUAAUCCUUAUGAUAAUUCCACUUCAGUUAAAAUUACUAUUACACAAUCUUAUUCAUGGACAUAUCCAUAUAUAAAAUGUGCCAGUAAUGUACCGAUCUCGACUAGUGGAUGGAGUGGUGCCAAUACUAAUCUGACCUGCGUAGUUGAUUGUUCAACUGAUGGUGGUUAUUCUAGUGCACCGAUUAAUAUUCUCACCGAUUGUACAUCAUCUAGUUCAUCAUUGAAAAUGAUGACAAGUGAAAAAUCGAAAAAUGUUACUCUCUCUGCUGGUGCACAUUUUUAUUUAGCUUAUAGAGGAAGUGCUUGGGUAGGAUUAAAUGAUCCCGCUCAACAAGGUCUUGAUUGGUCUAUAAUAACAUACAUUGAUCUUCGAAAACGAUCAGAUGGUUUCAUUAAUACUUCACCUGUUGCCAAAUUUGUUUCUCCACAAUAUGCUAUUGUAAAUAAAACAAUACAAAUAAAUAUUCCUGUUUCGGAUGUCAAUGCUGGUGAUGAUGUACGUUGUCGGUGGUCAACAUAUACAAGUGGAUAUCGAAGACGAAGACGAUCGAACGACGAAGACCGUGUUGAAGAUUUUAUCGAUGGAACAAGUAUAAUACCAAUGAGUUCAGUACCAGUUCAAUUUUUGAUUUAUGUUCAAUCACAACCAGUUUGUUCAACAGAACCUAUAAUUAUUCCUCCAGAUCGUUGUCUAGAAGUACAAGUUGGUAUCUCAAUCAGCUUUAAUCUAUCUGCAAUGAAUUUAUGUAAUCCAAGUGUGGCUACACUAACUGAUAUUCUAGUUUCAAGUGGAAUUACUAGUAUGACUCAUGGUAAUCUCACACAAUCAUCAACAAAUUCAUCGAUCUACUACAUGACAUUCACUUGGACACCACAAACAAAUCAAGUAGGAUCGCAGCAGUUAUGUACAACUGCAUACACAAGGUAA